AUAGUCGCUGAGACGAUUACAUGUGUAAAAGAUCCUCAUAUCUCCAUAGAAAUAGUCUUACUGAGUAUGGACAGCGAGGGCGGUAAAUGUGGUGUCCUAUUCGUCUGUAUGGGUAACACAUGCAGGUCAACAAUGGCUGAGGGAAUUCUACGACACCUUUUGAAAGAAAGGGGUCUAACAGACAAGUAUCAUGUAGACAGUGCUGCAAUAAUGAACUGGCAGGUGGGCAAUCCGAUAGACAAAAGAACCUUAGCAGUACUGAAGGAAAACAACAUUGACCAUUUUAAUCACAUAGCACGACAUAUCACCAGGAAUGAUUUCUUUAGUUAUGACUAUAUACUGGGUAUGGAUGACUAUAAUGUGGGUGACUUGCUGUACAUGAAGCCUCCAGACUCCAAAGCCCACAUUGGUUUACUUGGAAGUUUUGAUCUGUCUGCUGAGGACCCAGUGAUCCAUGACCCAUUUUGUAGUAGCAAGACGGUUUUCCAAGGUGUGUAUAAAAGAUGCUAUGCUGCCUGCGUUGGAUUCCUCAACAGAAACAGUACAACUUUAUAAUGAAGAUAUUUUUCUUAAGGACAAUUAGCAUAAAUGUCAUGUAAAGUUAGUUGGAAUUAGCUUGAAAAUUCUUUUGGAAAUGUCAAGUCAUAUUAUGUGCAUUACUGACAAUCCUCAGCUUGUAUUUAAAAUUGUAUUAAAUAAUGGUCUUUCUUCAAAGCCCCAAUAUACACAACAUUCACUAAAAAAGUAAAGAAAAGACAUAAUCAAAAUUAACUUAUCCGAGAAAUAACCAGAUGAUAUCGUAUUGAUAUAAAGGCUGUUGAUAUUAAUUUUCUGUAAACAUGUCUGCAUUUACAAUGUUUGCGGAGGCGAAGUCAGAAGAUAUUUAAGACAUUUCUGUAGGGUCGGUAUAUAUAUAUAAAUGUGUAUAACCCCAAUCAGACUACACAGGAAGGCUUUGAAUGACUAUACACCUACAUUCUAUCUGAGAAUGACAUCACCAAGAGAAUGUGACAUUGCACUUUACCUGUGAAUGCGCCUACUACACCUGUACAUUUUAGUGAUGGACUUCUGAACUUUGAAUAACAUUGGUCUGUCUUUUAAGUGGGACCCACUUUUAUUACUUUUUAUUUGUUUUGAUAUUCCCACAAAGCAUUUCUUAAUAUAUACUUCUCAGCCUAAGUAUGUUUCAUUCUUUUAUUUGCAUAAUUGUCAACUGGAAAUUUUUCUAGAAAUUUUCUGCUUCUCGUAAAUUUGCCAAUUGAAGUAUAUAUUGGGGCUUUAGUAUAAUAGUACUGUGAUAUAUGUGGUGUAUGGUUUGUCUUCAGUGGCUGAGAGUGAACAUCAUGAAAUAUUUAUUACUUUACAAUAUUACUGCCUUGGAGCACAAUCACAAACAAAGUAAGAACAUACUCUAGUGUUGUGUUCAAAUGCUAUAAUUUUUUGUUUUUAUGAUGUCCACACCCAGCCACCAUGUUACAGUCCUAAAAUUUAAAGAUCGUGAAAAAUCAUACAAUCAUUAUUUCAGCAACAUCUUGUUUAAGUACAAUACAUGUAUAUAUUUAUGCUUUAAUACGCAUUUCUAGUUUUCACUCUGUUCCUGGAAUAUCUUUCUUGGAAUAAUUUCCUGAUACAAUGUAUCAACCCUUUAUAUGUGUUUGUCUGAUUUUUGUGGAAAGAUUUAACUAAGUAUUUCCAAUGCCUGUAUACAGCUGAAAAGUGAUUGGACAUAUUCCUUCACCAUUUCAUAUACUAGGGGUAUGCCCUUGCUGUUAACAAGUCCACAAAAUAGUAAAUAAAGUAGUUAACAUCUCAGCAUAUUGAACAUCAAAAAAAUCUACGCAUAGUUUGAAAGGGGGAAACAUCUCUUCCUGUUGAAAGGGUUACUGAUACAAUUAGUACUAGUUAUACUGAAUUACUCGACAGUUAUAUUUUGUUUAUCUUUUUGUUCAUGUACCCCAAAACUAACUUACAUUCCCUUAUUUUUCCUGCAAAAUAAUCUAUUUUAAUUCUGCCUGACAAAAGUUUUUAUCUUGCAUAUAUACCGUGAACUUGCAAUAAUGUUUUUGUGAGAUCAAUUCUGUUUACUAUUCAGUUUAACUCCUAACAAUACAGCCUUUUGUCAACAUCAUAAAAGAUGUAUCAUUCCCCUUGUCGUUGUUAUAAUUAUAGAUGAAGUGGUUUUGUUCAACAAAGUUUUAUAUAACAUUACUCAGGGAUGAAAUUUAAUUCUGAAUGACAUUUCAUUAACAUUAAGUGGGAUUUUUUUGUCAUUUUUGCAUGAUUUGAGAAUAUCAUAUAAAAAAGAUACUAUGAAGUCCAUAUUGAUUCCCGGAUAUGGGAGGAGUCAAGGAGACAGAAAACCUGUCAAUCAACCAACCAAUGAUAUCCAUAUGAAUGGAAGUUAUGUCAUAAUUAAACUUAAGUGUCAGCUUGUAAAUCAUACUUGUUGAAACUGUUUGGUUUGAUUCCUUUUCAGCUGUCCGAGACAAAGUUUUAUGGUGACCUAUUAUUGCGAUCCCCUUUUGUCCAGUGUCCGUUGUAUGCCUGUUAUUUUUUUAUUAUUUUCGACUUCCUCUGGAAAACCCUUUAAGCUAUUUCAGUGAAAUUUUUCAGAAACCUUCCAUGGACAAAGAUGAGAUAACAUAGUAAAUUAUAUGGUCUACAUCCCGAAGAGGCCAGAGAUGCAGGGCCUAAAAGGGGUCAAAUUAACAGAAAUUUUAAAAAAUAUUCUCUUCUCAAACCAUUUGAGUUUUUGUGCUUGAGGUAAUCUUUUCAAAACCGAGCUUGGAUUUUAAAAGUUGAAUGAAUGUGUUGACAGACAGAACAUGUGAUCAUGAAUACUGGAUUUUACAAAAUAUGUGAAGAUGUCACACAUAGUUUCAGAGAACAUAAUAUCCGAAAUCAAGUGUACACCCAUUGGGUUUACUAUUGGGAAAAGUGGGCAUUUUGUGCAAGUGGACAUAAAAUUGUGUUUAAAUGCUACUAAAAUGUUGGUUGUUCAGGUAUUUCUGUUUUAUGAUUGCUUGAUAUGUAUAACUGUACACAUUUUUAGUUAUACUCAUGAAUUAUCCCAUAUAUUUUUACAAAACUGUGAUAUGAUUUUACUUUGUCAUACUUUUUGGCUAUCAUGAUUUUUCUUUUGAUAUUUUGCAUUAAAUAAUCAUCAGUUUUAAUGUUGCAGUCAAAUCAAAAUGAAUUUUUUUUUUAUAUAUAUAUGUAUUUUUAGGUUAUCUGACCUGAAGUUCCAGCAUGGCUUACAUGUAUAUCCACAUUGGUUCAUGUAAUCAUGUGUGUAGACAGGAACGUUUUACAUCGUAAACUUCUUCUCAAGAUCAACAGGUUGAAUUUAGCUGAAAGUAAUGCCUGAAAUGAUCCCAAGGUGGUCUCGACCAAGUGUGGUUAUAUUUUGGGUCAGUCCAAAAUCCAGUAUGCCCACCAUCUGGAUUUUCUACUGAUAUCAUUGAUCUAACAGCUGGUGGGGAUGUUAAGGAAUGAAGGUCGCCAAAGUGUUGUUUUUUCUGUCUUGUCAAAAGUUCAAUAGGGCAGCAGCGAUGCUUCUCACAUUGGGGUAGUAUCAUCAUGUUGCAAAUUGAUAAAACAUUAUGGUUUGUAAAUUUUUUGUAAUUUACAGCAGAUAAAAAACAGUAAAAACUGCUUCAGAACUUAUUAUCAGAAAGUAAUCACUUUUUGUUUUCUUUAGUUUUUUUUCAACUUUUAAUGAGAAAUAGUUUUUAAUGAGAGAUCCCCAAACAUUUUAUUUGUGUUCUACCUUGGGUUCGCUAAGAUUUGUGAAGGAGAAUUCUGUUACCAGGUGUGUAAAGGUUCCAGAUUAUAACAAUGAAGACAUUUAAUUGUUGUUACCUCUCUGUGAUAACACAGUGUGUACCACUGGUACUUUGUGAUAGACAAUACCUAUGUGAAUCGAUUAUCAAUUCAAGCAUGUUUUGAUGUAAAUUAUUAGUGCAAACAUUUGUAAUAUGUAUUUGAAAAU